AUCUUUAUUCAUUGGCCGCUAGCUACUAUUGUCUGCUAGAUUGACUUAGGGCAGUUAGACGCGCAGAAAAAUCGAGACGACAAUCCAUUCAACAUACAGAGAAGUGUAAUGCUAAAGAAUAUUUAAAGUAGCCAUGGACCCCCGCCACAGUGCCCAAGAUGUCGUCCGAUGUGACCUUUGUGAGACAGCUAUAGUACAGAGGUACUGUGAUUUCUGCCACGUCAAUCUAUGUAUUGCCUGUAUAGGAAAACACGUUGCUGAUGACUAUCAAAAACACAUACUGGUCCCAUUCCAAAAUCGAAAAUCAACCUUGAUUUAUCCAAAGUGUAGUACACAUCAAAACAAAGUCUGUGAAUUACAUUGUAAGGAAUGUGACAUGUCUGUCUGUUCCUUGUGCAUUGAUAACCAGUUGUCCUCAGAUAAACACAAGGGUCAUACAUUUUCAAUUCUUUCCGAAAUCUACAACAAACGAAAAGCAGACAUUACAAAAGAUUCAGAGGAGAUAGCAAACAUUAUUUCUCCAACAUAUGAAGAAAUGGCCACUGAUUUAGAAACUCAAAUAACCAACUUGGAUGGAGAAUACGUGAAAUUCACAACAGUAGUUACAAAACAUGGAGAGGAAUGGCACAAAGAAAUUGACAAUGUCAUCAACAAAAUGACAAAUGAAAUAGAAGAGAUGAAAAUCAAACACCUGGAAAUUCUGAAGAAACAUUUGGAUGAAAUUAAUCAGAUACAGUCCCUUAUUGAGCAAUCUCUGAUUACUCUGAAGGAAAUGGAGGAAUCCAAUGAAGUGUCUGUGACCAUGGAAUACAGAUCCAAAAACAAAGAAUUCAGAAAACUUCCUCCCGAAGUCCGAGUCUCACUGCCUACAUUUAGUCCGAUAGACAGUGAACAGCUUUACAAGUCACUGGGAUCUUUGAUACCAUUAUCAUUUACGACAGAUGAAAAUGGCUACACACUGAAGAAAGCAAAAACCUCACCCAAAGAACUGAUGGACGAACCAGAGCUUGUCACUACAAUGAAUACUGGGUAUGAAAAACUUCACAGUGUUACCUGUCUGAGUGAAGAAGAAUUCUGGACAAGUGGAAAAGUCAGUGAUAUGAAAUGUUUUAAUGUUCAAAAUACAGUUAUUAAUACAAUCAAAACAAAAUCAGGGGAAUGGCCAGGUGAUAUAGCAGUGACAAGUGAUGGGGAUCUAGUGUACUCUGACUGGAAGACAAAUACUGUGAAGAAUGGUCAGACAGAUGAAGUGAUCAGACUACAGGGCUGGAAACCCGGCAAUCUCUGUGUCACCUCCUAUGGUGAUCUCCUGGUUACUAUCCGCAGUGUUGAUAGAACACAAUCCAAAGUUGUCCGUUACUCAGGUUCCACAGAGAAACAAACAAUGCAGUAUGAUGAUGAGGGUAAGCCUCUAUAUUCAGGAAAUUCUAAAAUGAAAUACAUCAGUGAGAAUAGAAACCUGGAUAUAUGUGUGGCUGACUUAGGAGCCGGUGCAGUAGUGGUGGUCAAUCAGGCUGGAAAACUUCGAUUUAGAUAUACUGGUCAUUCUUCUGCUACCAAAAACAAAGCAUUCAAACCCUGUGGAAUCACAACAGACAGUCAGAGUCAGAUCCUGACAGCAGACUGCUAUAACCACUGUAUCCACAUCCUGGACCAGAAUGGACAGUUCCUCCGCUAUAUAGAUAACUGUGAUCUGAAGUAUCCAUUAGGUUUAUGUGUGGACAAAAGUGACAACUUGUUUGUUGCUGAAGUAGCCAUGGACCCCCGUCACAGUGCCCAGGAUGUUGUCCGAUGUGACCUUUGUGAGACAGCUAUAGUACAGAUGUACUGUGAUUUCUGCCACGUCAACCUGUGCUUUGCCUGUAUAGGAAAACACAUUGCUGAUGACUAUGAAAAACACAAAGUGGUCCCAUUCCAAAAUCGAAAAUCAACCUUGAUUUAUCCAAAGUGUAGUACACAUCAAACCGAAAAAUGUCAAUUUCUUUGCAAGGAAUGUGACAUGUCUGUCUGUUCCUUUUGUACUACUAUAUCUACAGAUAAACACAAGGGUCAUACAUUUUCAAUUCUUUCUGAAAUCUACAACGAAAGAAAAGCCGACAUUACAAAAGAUUCAGAUGAGAUAGAAAACGUUAUUUCUCCAACAUAUGAAGAAAUGGUCACUGAUUUAGAAACUCAAAUAACUAACUUGGAUGGAGAAUAUGUGAAAUUCACAACAGUAGUUACAAAACAUGGAGAGGAAUGGCACAAAGAAAUUGACAAUGUCAUCAACAAAAUGAAAAAUGAAAUAGAAGAGAUGAAAAUCAAACACCUGGAAAUUCUGAAGAAACAUUUGGAUGAAAUUAAGCAGAUACAGUCCCUUAUUGAGCAAUCACUGAUUACUCUGAAGGAAAUGGAGGAAUCCAAUGAAAUGUCUGUGACCAUGGAAUACAGAUCCAAAAACAAAGAAUUCAGAAAACUUCCUCCCAAAGUCCGAGUCUCACUGCCUACAUUUAGUCCAAACACGAUAGACAGAGAACAGCUUUACAAGUCACUGGGAUCUUUGAUACCAUUAGCAUUUACAAGAGAUGAAAAUGGCUACACACCGAAGAAAGCAGAGAUCUCGCCCAAAGAACUGAUGGAUGAACCAGAGCUUGUCACUACAAUAAAUACUGGGUAUAAAUACCUCCGCAGUGUUACCUGUCUGAGUGAAGAAGAAUUCUGGACAAGUGCAGUAGUCAGUGAUAUGAAAUGCUUUAAUGUUCAAGGUACAGUUAUCAAUACAAUCAAAACAAAAUCAGGGAACUGGCCACUUGAUAUAUCAGUGACAAGUGAUGGGGAUCUAGUGUACUCUGAUGUGACAACAAAGACUGUGAAUAAAUUGAAGAGUGGACAGACAGAGGAGAUGAUCAGACUACAGGGCUGGAAACCUAACAAUCUCUGUGUCACCUCCUUUGGUGAUCUCCUGGUUACCAUGUUCAGUGGUGAUGAAACACAAUCCAAAGUUGUCCGUUACUCAGGUUCCACAGAGAAACAAACAAUCCAGUAUGAUGAUGAGGGGAAGCCUCUAUAUUCAGGAAAUAAUGAAAUUAAAUACAUCAUUGAGAACAGAAACCUGGAUAUCUGUGUGGCUGACUGGGAAGCUGGUGCAUUAGUGGUGGUCAAUCUGGCUGGAAAACCUCAAUUUAGAUACACUGGUCAUUCUUCUACUACCAAAACCAAAGCAUUCAAACCCUGGGGAAUCACAACAGACAGUCAGAGUCAGAUCCUGACAGCAGACCGUAAUAACCACUGUAUCCACAUCCUGGACCAGAAUGGAAUGUUCCUCCGCUAUAUAGAUAACUGUGAUCUGAAGGAUCCAUUCGGUUUAUGUGUGGAUAAAAGUGACAACUUGUUUGUUGCUGAGUUUUAUAGUGGACAUGUGAAGAAAAUCAAAUAUCUGCAGUAACAUCCUUCAUAUCUGUGUUGAAAAUGUCAGUUUCAGAAUUGUAGUAAAUAUUCUUGAACACUCAUGCAAAAACCCAUUGGACAUGCUGUAUACAUAUAAAUGUUUGAAUUCCACCUGAAUGUUAUGUAUUUCUGAUAUUUUUCAGCAACCAGGAUGCAGUAAUACACUUGUUUUAAAUCUACAGUGAAUACCUUAUGUUUCUAUUGAAGCCAUGUAUGUAAUCAUUUUUCUUCAUGUGGUAUGUGAGCUUGCUCAUUUCUGCUUUCUUUCAUUCCUUUUAAAAAUAUUUUGAUAAAACAUCCUCUUCCAAUACACUAUAAAUUACAUUCUAGGUGAAAUAAGUCAAGCAGUAAACAAAAUUUUGAAAAUUACUAUGGUAAAUUAUUUAAUUUGAUGCACCCUUCAAAAUGAUACGAUUACAAAAAUCCCACCAUCCAUUUACUAAAUGUGAAAUAUGUUCCUUAUACAUUGAAUACCUUAUAUCUAUGGAAGACAUGUAAUAAUUUUUGUCUUCAUUUGUAGCAAUUCCAUAUGCAAUAUUGUCAUUCAUUAUUGCAGAUCUAUUGCAAAUUAAUUCCCAUUCGUUUUUGGUUCUCAAGAAAUUUGGCAAUAAAAAUAUAUCAUCCUC